AUGGAUCCGCAUACAUUGCGGGACUGUUUGUCUGUGACUGGAGUCGAUUCGCCUGGGAAAUCCAUAGCGGCUGGACCAAAUGGACAACUGAUUUUCAAAAAAUCAGCCAGUCAGCUCUACUACUGUGAUGUGCACGAGAUGUCAUCGUACACAUUGUGCUUGUCGCGGAUGGAUCCCCUAUAUCAGGCUGUCCGGGGACAUGAUUUAUAUUGCAAAGGUGAAAUUUACGACCUGGCAUUCUGUCGACGGGGUUCUUUGCUGAUCUGUCUUCAGCGAGUAGCAACCGGCGAGUUUUUCAUCUGUGAAGGCACCAUUGACAGCGAUGCGUUCAUCGUUGAAAUCACCGGCACGGUUCAUAAGACCAACAUCGCCGUCGCCAAAGGAAAGAACGUGGUGCUGAUUCGUGAUGAAGCCGGUGUCGUUCUUUUAUCGUAUCCAAUUCGAUGGCAAUCAACAUCUCCUGCUAGCAGCUUUAUCGAACUCUUUCAUGUGUCAAAUUUUCUGAGCUCAUCCGUUGGCGACAAGUACACCAUCUCUCUGCAGAGUAGAGAGAUUUUCGAUGCGACAUUCGCGAGUCCAUUCAUAUCCCGCAAUCACUUAUAUCUUUUCUAUGGACAUGACUAUUCCAGAUUUAUGCUUGUUCCUCUCACU